AUGGAAGAUGUUCCAUAUGAAGACACUGAUUGCAGGAGCAUACUGAGUCGAGCAUUAGAUGUUCCCGAGUAUUCUGGUCGGGUGAGGGGCAAGGGAUUUGGGAUCACUCAAAAAUCCUUGAAUAUUAAAAAACAAAAGACUCCUAGCAAUAAAGAACUGCAGCAAACUUUGGAAGCAUUAAAAGCUGAAGUUCUUGAAUUAAGAAAGGAAAGAGAAAGAGAUCGAGCAGCGGGUUUUAAAGAUACUAGUGACAAAGAUAGUAUCAAUUGUAAUUUUCAACCGACUAUUCCAGAGGGCAUUUCACCUUGUCACCUCUACUUAGCGAGACCGACUUAUCGGAUGGUUGGCAAGGGGAAAGUUCAUAACAAUUUGGGUGAAUUACUUCACACUAAACCGCUCCCUACUGGAUCUUUGAAAGUCUCGGUUGAUAUUGCUUUGGAGAAGGAUGCGUUAUUACCACAUCCUGACGAUGUUUCGGAUGCAACUUUAUUAGGAGAUGCCAUAGGUUCAUUUGUUGCAUGGCCGACAGACCUCAUUAUCGUAGGAUAUGAGACUCCCACAAAAUCCAAAGCAAAAGAUAAGGGGAUUGCGCGGGAAAUCGAGUCAGUUGCAUCGCAAAAAGAGAUUCCUGUUGCUAAGAAGACUGAAAUUUCCAAGAGGACCGGGGCUAAAAAGAAAAAUCCUUCCAAGUAUAGAGCGUGCCUCCAUACAUAUUUAGAAACGACAGAUAUUUCGGAUGGAUGUGUUCGUUUAAUACCUAUGGAUGGAGCUAUUUUUGGUUUUGAGUAUGCCGAGCCAUUGGGUAAAGAGGAUUUUGAUCAAAUUUUGUAUCAUACGCAAUUAAGCGUUGGUGUUAUCAACACAUACAUGAGGUAUUUAUAUGACAAAUUGAUGGGUCCGCGUGGGUUGGAGCAAAGAUUCUCAUUCUUAAAUCCCAUGAAAACGAACUUAACCGAAAUGAUAAGAAAACCAGAUGAAGUCAGGACGUAUGUAGUCGAGCGCUUUAUGGCCGACACAGAUAGAGAAAAGUUGUUCUUUUUACCGUUUAAUACCGGCGACGGUGGACAUUGGUUGUUGGUCGCGAUAAAUCCUUUUAAAGAAAUUGUGUAUUAUUUGGAUUCUUUACACAAGGAUUGGACAACAUACCCUGCUAUGAAGACGAUAGUUGACACCAUUAUACAAACUGUUCGAGCACAAAGAAAAAUUCAAGUACCAAAGAGAAAAGCCAAUAACAUUACAUGGAAUAGAGUGGAGUGUCCUCGACAGCGUAAUAAUAUAGAUUGUGGAUAUUACACGUUGAGGUUUAUGAAAGAAACUCUUCUUAUGGAUCGAACAGAUAUUCCAUCUGAUUACUUUGAUGAAUAUAGAUGUGCUUAUUACUCAAAAGAUCAGUUGGAUGAAAUUAAAGAGGAAUUGUGUCAAUUCAUUAUCGAGCUACAGGUUUUGUGAGGUUAUAUAGCAUAUUUAG